GCAAUAAUACACCCUGCAGAAAACGUCAGACCAAUAACAAAAGAAAGCCACAAAAGGAAGAACAAGCUUUAAAAAGGAAUACAAUAACCAGCGGCAUAAACCCAUAUGACCUCAAAAAAGGAUAAGGAAAAGAAAACAUCUAAUUCGCACAUCCACUCAACUACUAUCCUUUAUUCUCAAUAAAAUAACCAUUGGCUAAAAAAUAUUUCUCACGUUUGGUCACACAUUGUUGAAGCGAAAGGGGAGCAGGAGACGCACGUCUACAUGGCACGUCCACUAUGUGCUGAGCAAAACACGCUGUGGGAAGCCCAUUAAAAAUUUCUGUAAUUUAAAUCAGUAAUCUGUUUUAAACCCACACGCGGACAGCCUUCGCCUCCAACGAUCGAGAAAUGGUUGUCCUGGCAACCGGUGCUAGGAUGCCCGAGGAAAUGGGUUCCUAACGGAGCUAUAUUUCGCGUGAGGUUCGUGAGGCGGCACGUUUCAUGUUGAGAACUGAUUUGGGUUAUAAACCCUAACCUGACUGGAAAUGACUCGAUCAGCUAUCUGAGAAAUUAAACCCCCAUCUGGCUGACACUCAUCAAGGGAACAGCAUAUUUUCAUCUCCAAAAUGAUGCAGAAGCAGCAGACCCGGACUUCUCCUGGCAGUGUGUCCUCCUCCCGGGGGCCCAGUGUUCCUGGAUCCCCGGCUGUCACCAUUGUGGCAAAAAUGGACAAUCAGGUCAUAGGAUAUAAGGAUUUGGCAGCCAUCCCCAAAGACAAAGCCAUACUCGACAUUGAACGGCCAGACUUAAUGAUCUAUGAGCCACAUUUCAACUACUCCUCCCUGGAUAGAUCAGAGCUGCCCAGGAGUCGAGAGAGGUCCAUGUCGCCCCGCUCCAUCACCCCCCCACCCUCCCCUGAGACAUUUGCGAGCAAGGAGGCCAGGGAGUGGCCAGAGGAGAAGUCCCCUGGGGGGUCCUCGCUGGGAUCGACCAUUCAGAUCCGCAAAGUCAGCAGCUCCUCCAAGGGCCCCAUGCAGCACUUUCAUCGGCCAGACAACGGUACUAACAUCUACAAGAAGCCACCCAUUUACAAACAAGAUGUCCCCAUGUCAGUCCCGCACAGCAAACACAUAGAGGAUCUCAUCAUCGAGUCGUCCAAAUUCCCUGCCGCCCAGCCACCCGAUCCCAACCAGCCCUCCAAGAUCGAGACAGACUACUGGCCCUGUCCGCCCUCUCUGGCUGUUGUAGAGACCGAGUGGAGGAAGAAGGCCUCACAGAAGAAGGCAGGAGGAGAGAGGAACGAGGAGGACGAGGAGUACGAUGAUGGAGACCUGAGUGAGGACAUGUCCAGGCUGAGGCAGCUGCAGAGGCAGGAGCUCAACAAGAUCCAGUCCAACCUGGGGAAACUGAUCCUGAAAGAGGAAAUAGAGAAGUCAGCCCCCAUCCGCAGGAAAACCCGCUCGCUGCCAGACAGGACGCCCAUGCACCUGGGUUCAUCUUCCAACGCCUCCAAAUCCACCUCCCUGCCAGCAUGCAGCAGGACUGGCCUCGCUAGGCUCCAGUCUGCUGAGUUCUCCCCUGCUGACAAUGACAAGGGAGGAUCAGGUCUUCAGAAUGGAGAAUCUCAGAGAGGGAGGAUGGACAGAGGAAACUCACUGCCCAGUAUGUUGGAACAGAAGAUCUAUCCCUAUGAAAUGCUCAUUGUGACCCACAGAGGCAGAAGUAAACUCCCACCAGGGGUUGACAGGAUGAGACUGGAGAGACACCUGGCUCCUGAGGAAUUCCAGCAGUUGUUUGGAAUGCCCAUCGAGGAAUUCGAUCAGCUCUCUCUCUGGAAGCGCAACGACCUGAAGAAGAAGGUUUCACUCUUUUAGAGGGAGGAGAGGCACUCUUGAACACAAGCCACUGCACUCCCUGGGAAAUGAGGCAAAUAAUAUACAUUCAAGAAAUUAAAAUAAACCAAUCGUGCAAAUUCCGGGAAAGGACGAAAAAUCUUUGAUCGGCAGAGCCCUGCUGCAUCGAAUCUUAAAAUGUCCUGUACCUGGUUAUAUUUAUAUAGAAAUCAACUAUCAACAGUCUUAUCAAAGGUCAAAGCCACUGUAUCUUGUUUCUCUUUCUCUCAGCUUGCAGCUGCAUUGUAGGAGUGUAUGGGAAUGACAAAUAGCAAGUACCUUGCAGAGAUAGCUUUACUUACGUGCGAUGUCGUCCUCAUAGGCAGGCUUAAAGAGAUAUAGUAGAGUGAUUCUGACUACUUGACUGGCUGCUUUCCCACUUUAGGGAAAAAAAAGUCUUGGAAAGUUGUAUGUAUUGAGUUCAGUUCUUCCUAAUAUGAACCACAGUACUCAGUACACACAUUAUCACACAAACACUGCCACAAAUAGUUUGCCUGUAGAAAUGAUUGACUUCACUGUCAACAUAAUUAGUUCAGCAAUUACAGGUUGGUAGCCCGCUACCUAAAAUUAAGCAGCAUAAUUUUGCUGCAAAGACAACAACCAGCAGAAAGGAUGGUCUCAUUACUUUUGCUGCACCCUCAUCAGUGCAUUUAAAUCUAGGUUAACGAAACCUUAUUUAAAUGUCCCGUUUAUUCAUUUCAUUUUUUUCAACCAACCAAAAAAAUACAUGAAUAAAUAAAGGAAAGGGGAUAGUUUCUUUGAACUGUUAUUCUCAAUUGAUGAGAAUGAGUUGUAAUGAGUUGAGGUGACAGAAAACUUAUAGAUACAGUGUACAGAGGAAAGCAAAAUCAUAUGCAGGAUCACAGCUUUUGGCAGAUUUACAUCUGUGUGUUAAACAUCCACUCAUCUUCAGAUGAUUGUAGAGCAUCUUUUCCUGUCACAUGGAAUGAAGACCUCAGCAAAAACAUCAUUCUUUGUCCCAGUCUUUUUGUCUCUCCCCUAGCUGCUACCCUCUUUUCAAGCACCUUUUAAGUUUGUUUCUGUUUAACGAGAGCAGUAUUCCUGUUUUAUAGGAUAAAUUAUGAAGGAAUCUCAAUUUACAUCGAUAAAAUUUCCCAUCAAUUGUCUGCCUUCUCAGCACUGGCCAUAAGAGAUGGGUGGCACAUCAUUCUCAUUCAUUGAACUCAGACUUAUGAUAUUAAAGUAUUUGAUAUUUUAUUUAUAGAGAGUUUUAGGCAUUUCUCUGCUGUAGUUGCACGCAAGAACAAAUGACGUGCAACAUCUGUUUGUUCUUCAGCAGAGUAUAUUAUUUCUACCUAGAUAGUGGCAUGACUUUCUAAAUGGUGAAAAGCCUUCUUUUUACAAACAUAUAUCAAUCUAAGAAUGUGGAGUAAAUAACCAUCAGUCUUCAUUAGAAUCAGUGAAAAAGGUGAAAAACCCCGAUGACAAGAAAUGCUUGGCAGGUUACGUUGGAGAUGUGAACGAACCAUGGACAGUGAUCGCUAUAGAUUAACUGAGAGUGACAACAUGAGGUGGGGCCAAGACGAGCGCGUGACGAGAAGGGGUUAUGGGGCAAGAGCGCUCCAUACCUCCAGCGCCACACAGACCCCCGACCCAGCCAUGUGCAUUGGGGCGACGGCUGUGGUCCCGGCUGUCUUUGGGUUUUGCCGCCUGUCGCUCGGAGCCUGUUUUCACGAGGAGAGCCAGGCGUGAGAGGUGUACUGCCGCUGUCCAGUCCCUCUGAGCCUCUCGGGCUCUGUUGCCCAGCUGCGGGACUGGAAACUUGGGAUGUCGCCACUGUUGGGCCGCCAGGGCUCUUCCUUUAAGGUGUGUUGUGUGAUGGGAAGGCAGGACGCACACCCAGCGGAUGCACCCUGCCCUGUCCCGGCCUGCCACCGGGAUUGGGGCUUGUUCCAUGCACAUCUUGAACUCAAAUCCCCCAGCUUCCUAUGCACAUAUCAACUUGUGAUCGCUUUGCAGUUGUUUUUUUUUUCUGUGCCAGUUCCAUAGUUUCUUUUUUUGUUUUUGUUUUCAGAGAAAAAGCCCUUUUUAUGCAUACCUGAGCCUUGGAGGUAAAUUGAACGUUUUCACCAACCAUCUAAAGGAUUCAGCUUUGUCUCCUUGCCGUGCAGUAUGCCUGUGAUCAGGAUCGUUUUGUUUCUCACCCGCUUGCAAACCAUUACGAUUCAUCAUGACACGUGAAUCUCACGAAAGCACCGGAAACGUCAAACAUUACAUGCACAAUGAGCAUUCUGCCAUACUUUACAGAGCACAUUAG